AUGGGCUGCUUCCAAUCGACGUCCGCGCACGAGCCUGGACCAGGACGACGCCGACAGCAGCCACCAGUGCCCCCGCCGCCAUCCACCAACACCAACGGCAACUACCCGGACGACAGCAGCUUGUCGUUUUUGAGUGAGAACCCGCCGCCAUCGCUCUUGCCGUGC